AUGUUUGCCAAAUUGCUUUUGCUUGCUUUUCUUUUAGCAAUUAUCGGCUGCCAGGCCAGAAAGCUUGGGGGGUCUGAUGACGAGAAGGAAGUUUUUCACCAUUUGCAUGUCUAUGGGGGUGCUGGUGGCUCCGCCGGCGGCAUAGGUGGCGGUGGAGGGAACGGUGCAUAUGGGGGUGGAAUUGGAAAUGGCCACGGAGGAGUUGGGGGUGGGAUAGGGGGUGGAAAUGGAGGAUUUGGCGGCGGGGGCGGAGGUGGAGGAGGUGGAAAUGGAGGUUUUGGUGGUGGGAACGGAGGAUAUGCAGGUGGAAGUGGUGGUAAUGGGAACGGAGGAUUUAAUGGUGGAAACGGAGGAUUUGGUGGUAGCGGUAGUGGAGGGAAUGGAGGUGGUGGUGGAGUAGGAAAUGGAGGUGGUGGGGGAGUAGGCAGUGGCGGUGGUGGAGGAAGUGGGGGUGGAGUAGGCAAUGGCGGUGGCGGAGGAAAUGGAGGUGGGGGUGGAGUAGGCAAUGGCGGUGGUGGAGGGAAUGGAGGUGGUGGUGGAGUGGGCACUGGCGGUGGUGUAGGGAAUGGAGGUGGUGGAGGAAAUGGAGGUGGUGGUGGAGCAGGCACUGGCGGUGGUGGAGGAAAUGGAGGUGGUGGUGGAGCAGGCACUGGCGGUGGUGGAGGAAAUGGAAGUGGCAGUGGAGCAGGCACUGGCGGUGGUGGAGGAAAUGGCGGUGGUGGUGGAGUAGGCAAUGGCGGUGGUGGAGGAAAUGGAGGUAGUGGCGGAGUGGGCACUGGCGGUGGUGGAGGAUAUGGAGGUGGUGGUGGAGUAGGCAGUAGCAGUGGUGGUGGAGUAGGCAAUGGCGGUGGUGGAGGAAAUAGGAAUGGAAGCGGUGGUGGGAUAGGCAAAGCGGAUAUGAAGAGACAUGUGGAUAAUUUACUGAUGAACACUUGUGUCGUGAAACUUUCCGUAUUUUGGAAUGGAGGUGGUGGUGGAGUGGGCACUGGCGGUGGUGUAGGGAAUGGAGGUGGUGGAGGAAAUGGAGGUGGUGGUGGAGCAGGCACUGGCGGUGGUGGAGGAAAUGGAGGUGGUGGUGGAGCAGGCACUGGCGGUGGUGGAGGAAAUGGAAGUGGCAGUGGAGCAGGCACUGGCGGUGGUGGAGGAAAUGGCGGUGGUGGUGGAGUAGGCAAUGGCGGUGGUGGAGGAAAUGGAGGUAGUGGCGGAGUGGGCACUGGCGGUGGUGGAGGAUAUGGAGGUGGUGGUGGAGUAGGCAGUAGCAGUGGUGGUGGAGUAGGCAAUGGCGGUGGUGGAGGAAAUGGAGGUAGUGGUGGAGUGGGCACUGGCGGUGGUGGAGGAUAUGGAGGUGGUGGUGGAGUAGGCAGUAGCAGUGGUGGUGGAGUAGGCAAUGGCGGUGGUGUAGGAAAUGGAAGCGGUGGUGGGAUAGGCAAAGGCGGAUAUGGAAGAGACAUGGUGGAUAAUUUACGGAUGAACACUGUGUCUUGA